AUGGUCCCACGUGGGAAAUGCCGAUGGACUGCUGCUAUAACUGCGAAAUCUUGGCCGACGAACGUAUCUCCGUCGGUGUAUAUCAGCUACACCAAUCUGUUUGCCACUGUCAAUUGUGUACUCACAGACGCCGUAAGAACGGGAGGGACUUACAGCACUCUAAUAGCAUACCCACCAGAAGCCUUGUCCACACAAGCCUGUACGCCCGGCACGGAGUCAGACGACCCUUUCGUAUUCGAAAGUGGAUUCAAAGCGCGAACGCGAUUACACAGUCCUAGGCAAUCCAAACGAUUGGACCAGUCGUUCUGUUCCCUUCUACCUUUCCUUCCCCCCGGGCUCUCCUUAAUAGACCCUGCAUGGAAGUCCUGCAAAAAUUUCCAGCCAGGCGUUUUUGACCCUCCCCGGACUCUCAAUAAAGCGACGGCCUUGGUGGGCUUAGGCUUAGGGGGAAGUCAAACCUCGACAGCGGCCCCUGGAGCAAAGCCAACACCUAGCCAAGUGUCAGCGACGCCAACUCCGACGGCUAACAAUGGUGGAAACAAUGCAGCAGAACCACCGGUCCCCCCGCCUGGUUCCCCAGAAUCUGACCCUCCAAUCGCAGGCCCGACGAAAGGUAAUCCACCAAAUUUAGCCGAUCCUCCGGCCAUUCCGGUCUUAAACAGUGCCGCGGUCUCAAGUAUCAUUCAAAACCUGCCAUUGGGCGGCAACAAUCCCGAAGCGCCUUCCAGCCCUGACGACCCGCACAACUCUGAAGGUAAUGGCGAAGGGGAUCCCCAGGGAGCUGUAGGCAAUAAUGAUAGCGACCCGCCUCUUCCCUCGAUCGGAAACGAUCAGAUCCAGAAAGCGGAUGGCGGUGGUAUCGUAAUUGGAAGCACAACGCUUCGUCCUGGUGAUCAGGUCACAAAAGAUGGCACCCCGAUAUCAGUCGGCAGUGACCGCGUCGUCAUAGGUGAUAGCACAAUACCCCUAGCUGCACCUACUGGUGAUUUCUCGGAUCCCAAUACAAUUGUCAUGGCUGCACCAGAUCCGAUCAUUGUUGGUGGGAAUACGGUACAUGGACUUCCAGCUGGCGGAGUCUUGAUAGCAGGCUCAACGUACUCGCCAGGGGCUCACACCAUGAUAUCUGGUAUCGCCGUCUCUGUCGCCGCUGAUAACGUGGUUGUAGACGGCGUCACCUAUACGCUACCAUCCCAAAAUAGUCCAACUCCGGUUCUGCUUGGCGGACAAACAAUCACCAAAGCAUGGAACGGUGGCGUUAUUAUUGGAAGUUCCACAUACUUGCCAGGAACCCAAGCUAAAGUAUUUGGCACCGCACUCUCCGUAGGAGCAGACAAUGUAGUCGUGGACGGCUCCACUUACACUCUCCCAACAUCUCCGACGGGAAAACCCAUCCUUAUCGACGGCAAGUCUAUUACAAGAGCUUCCAAUGGCGGCGCUGUCAUCGAUGAUACCACUAUAGCGCCAGGCAGUCAAGCUAUCGUAUUAGGUCACACGAUCUCCGCCGGCUCCUCAUCAGUGGUUAUUGAUGGCAGCACAUACGCAUUACCAACGAAUACCGUACCUGAGAAUGCGGUUGCCCAAUUGCUCACGCUUGCAAACGGAGUAGUCAUUAGCGCAGGCGGUAGUGCAGCCGCAGUAUCUGGCAUAACAUAUUCGAUCCCCUUGGACAAUGGAGAACUCAUUGUAAACGGCAAGACAAUGGCCUUCCCAACCGAGGUAGAAUCUGUUUUCACGAUAGCUGGUCAAACCUUCACUGCGAAUCCGACUGGGUUCGUAGUUGAUGGUUAUAGUGUUUCGCGAGAUGGAUCAGCAAUCACGCUUUUGGGGACGAUAGUAUCAUUAGGACCUUCGGGCUUACAAAUUGGCUCUUCGACAAUCCCUCUCACCUUUCCGCAGGAGACAGCUGGGUUGCAAUCAGUAUUUACAAUAGCUGGUCAAACGUUCACUGCGAAUCCAACCGGGUUCGCAGUCGAUGGUCAUAGCGUGUCUAUGGAUGGAUCGGCAGUCACGCUGUCCGGAACGGUGGUAUCAUUGGGAUCUGAGGGGCUGCAGAUCGGUUCUACAACAUGGCCUCUGACACCUGCGCAGGAAACAGCUGAUGUUGGCCUCGGAGGCUUGAUCAUGUCGGGUUUCGGCAACGGGGCUGGAGCAGCUACGAAUGUUUCGAGCCCGAUGCCUUUCACGGGAGGAAGUCCGAGGUUGCGAGCUGGAGCGUGGAGCACGAUUCUAGUUGUAUUUGGAAUGAGUGCUGGCAUGGUUGCAUAUGCAUUGUGA